CUUGCCGCAAGAAAAUUCUUGACCGGACAUAGAGUGUUUCACAUCACCAGCUUCGGUAUCUAAGGAGAUAGUUUGGAUUGUUAGAACCAUAUACAGUAUUCCAUAGCCAGAGUCAGAGGAUGCGUAAAUAUCAUAAAAUUAGAUUCUGCUAAAGACUGAAAUUCUAGUAUAACCUGUCACUAUUUCGCAAGCCAUUGUCCUAACCAUAUCUGUUCUGUGGUGAUCUCCAGUUGCUGCUAUAGGCUUUCCAUUAGUAGAAAAUAAGCUAGGUCGUGCAUUUUAGGAGCCAACCAAUGAUCUUUUUCCUUUACCUUUUGAGCUAGGACAGGUCAAAUAAAGAGACUGACUUUUGACUGAUUGUGAUAAUGUGGUUGUGUGAGGCCUUGUAUGCUUUCUGUAACAUUACUGAUCAUGCUGCUGCCUUUCUAGAAAAACUACUAUGAUAGUGAGUGGAGUUGUUCACUCACCUUUUUGGUGGAUAACUUUGAUUUGUGUCUCCCUGCAACUAGUCAGUCUCACGUAAAAAUCAAACACCUCCUGUUGAUUUUGGUGUUACUCCCAUUGGCAAUCAGGGUAUAGUAGUUUCCCAUCAGAAUCGCUUGUCCCAAGUCCUACUUUCUUAUCCAGGUUUUCCCUAUGGAGUCCUGACAGUUCUAUCCUUGUUUCAUCUCUACCACCGCUAGUCGUGCAUGUCUUAAUCAGAACCUGGGUACUUUUAUCUUUGUGUCUUCUUGUCCCUCAUCGCAGUCAAGUCUGGUGGUAUGAUGUUAGAUCACUUUUUUUUUCAAUCAACGUAACAUCAGAAAGAAUUCUUCUGACUGCAGAAUUUUGAUGCACGUGAUUUAAGAACAGACUUUACAGCUCGUUUGGCACCCCUUAUUUCAUUUCAUUUGGUCUAAAUGAAAUGAAAUCUAAUUUUUGGUCGCAUUUCAUUUGGUUGAAUUUGAAUUCCAGAUUCAAAAGUCAUGUUUGUCUACCACAUGGAUUUGUAGAGUUAGAGACAAUUCCAGAGAAAUGAUGGCUUAUAGAAAGAAAUUGAGGUUAGUUGUACUGUGAUUCCAUGAAAUCACAAAUUGAUCAUGUAGUCAAUUUCGUGCCAACCAAACAAGUUAGUUUCUAGAAUUCAAAAUGAAUUCCACAAUUCUAGUCUCAAAUGAUGGGCACCAAACAAGCCGUUAUUGUUGUCUCCAUUAGAAACGCAAGAACAAGCAAACGAUCUGUUUCAGAGGACAACUCCUUGUUGUGCUCAAGCGAACAGUUUAAGUGUAGGCUUAGAGAUGCCGCUUCUACGGUACAUUUGAUGUGCGGUAUGUUGCCUUAGUAAAACCAUACAUUCCUGAUGCCGUCCAGUCGCGGCACGCACCUAAACCCAUGGCUAAAAGAGCACACACCUAAACCUGACACAUUCAUAUGGCUAAAAGAGUACUUCGAAGUUUUGAGUACGUCCCUGUUCUCCUGGAUGAAGUUUGUUGUCCUCAAAUGACGCAGCUCUCUGUGAGAUCUCUGCUGCGAUGCCAAUGGCUGCCGCUCCACCACCAGUUCCUCCGCCACAUCGAUACCAUGCGGCUCAACUCAAGCCGUCCAAAUAUAACUGCCUAGCCGGCAAUCACGGUUAACUUCCCAAACCGUCCGGAGUUGAAAAGGCGCGGGGCCCGGCCAGGAGCGCCGCUCUACCACCUCUCCUCCUUCCUUCCUUCCUUCCUUCCUUGCACCACCACACAUCCCGGCCAUAAGGCGGCAUCUCCAACCUCGACCUCCACGCGAAGGAGUACGCACGCACGUACACUGUUCGCCCCAUCGCUCCCGAUGGACCGGCGGCCGGAGCUUCGGCGGUCGAUGACGCUCUCGGAGCAGCUGUCCACGCCCGACCAGGCCAUCCGCGACUUCCUCAAGAUCCCCAACGACGACAGCCACCUGGACGACGCCGACCGCACCGCCGCAGACAGCGCAGGCAGCGGCGGCAUGUGGAAGCCGCUGCGCGACCGUCUCCGGCUCCGCCACACCGCGAACGCCUGGUCCUCCACCCCGUCCCAGAAGAGCCCCACGACGUCGUCCGACGGCAGCGGAUCCACUGGCGGAAACCUCAAGAACAACAACAACAACAACCGCAGCAACAAGUACAUCUACGCCCCGGGCGAGGCCACGGCGGCCUUCUCCCGCACCACCUCGCUCCGCCAGACGCCCACCUUCUCCCGCGCCACCUCCACCCGCGUCGGCCCCACCGCCGCCGUCGGCCGCAUGGAUCGCUCCCGCGAGAUCAACCACAACGACGAGGGCUCCGAUGAGGAAUCCGAACACGACGAGGAGGAAGACGACGACGAGGAGAAGGACAACGAGGAGGACGCUGAGGCUCCGGCGGCGCAGAUGUCCCUGAUGGCGCUUCUGGGGCAGUCGGACGACACGUGGGACGAGGACGACGAGGACGAGGACGGGGACGGCGGCGGCGGGGCCGGCAAUAAGGGCGCGGCGCACGGCGGCGGCGGCGACGAGGACGAGGACGACGGCGACGGCGACGGCGAGGGCCGCGAGGAGGAGAUGGUGCACGUGUGCUGCGUCUGCAUGGUGCGACACAAGGGCGCGGCGUUCAUCCCCUGCGGCCACACUUUCUGCCGCCUCUGCUCCCGCGAGCUCUGGGUCAGCCGCGGCAACUGCCCGCUCUGCAACGGCUUCAUCCAGGAGAUCCUCGACAUCUUCUGAAAUCAAAAAUCGAAAACUCGUCCCUCCUCCGUGCGUCGACUCUUAAUUUACCUCUGUCCCUGAUCCCCGCCGGCCAGCAUUUCUUUGAUUCUGAUGGUGAGUGAGUGGCCAAUGCGCUGCCUCGCUCUGAAUAUUGAGAUCCAUGUCGUAGGUGAAACCGGUUCCGCUAGUCCUUUGAGUUCGUUCCGGGAAACGAUCACUGAUGUUUGCUAUUUAUUUAUUUCUGGAAUGUGAUCGAGUGUGUACUAGUAGUUGUUUGGAAUAAAAAUGUUGUAUGCGUGUAUUGAACUAUUGAUGUAUGUAAUGUACUCAAAGUUUGUGGGCU